CUUGACGUAGUGUCCUUUGAUAUGAAUUGCUUACAAUUAAUGUUGUUGUUCCGUAAUCGUUCCAUUCAGGUGAUAGUCGCUUGAUGCUGCGUGUGAAUCGCUUUUACAUAUUGUUUUGUUUUCAUCAUGAAACGUGUUGGCCACCCAUUUUUCAGUAGGGCCACCGUUCAUUUUUCACCGGGCAUAGAAACCUCAACUCCGCCAUUACGAAUUAGUAGCUUCUUUCGUGUGCUGGUCGAGUGGUGCAGGUGUGGAAUAUUUGAUAUUUCUGGUGAAAAGUCAAUUUUGAAGUGAAGCAAAAUUUACAAUAAUUGAGCAAAGAGUUUAUUGACAGUUUUAAGUUGAAUUGCUUUUGGAAAAAAGCCAGUAUAAUACCGAACUAGUUCAAUAGGGAAAUCGAUUUUUCUCGAAACCGGCUAUCACCCUCAACAUGGCGGCUAAAGACAUUAAAUCGUUUUUCUACGAAUGGUGUCAGAAAAAUAAUACGAAUCCUGCGUUUGAGUGUCGGCCAACCGGACCCAAGCAACGGCAACGUUUCCUGUGUGAAGUUCGUGUUCCAUCAGAAUCGUAUGUGGGAGCUGGAAAUUCGACCAACAAAAAGGAUGCGGAGCGUAACGCUGCCAAAGAUUUUAUCAACUACCUUGUUCGAGUUGGCAAAGUCGCUGCCUCUGAUGUUCCUGCCGAUACAUGCAAUGAAGCAGCUGUUAGCGGUUCUGGUAACGGAGCGCCCUCUUCCGGCGGUCCGCCUUCAUUGUUGAGCAUCAACCCAGCUGUGUUCCAAGGAGGACUUGGACCAUCCGAUCUUGGUCAGGCUUAUCGUCCUUACGUCAGGGAGAAUAACGAGUAUAUUCCCUCGAAGGAAGAAUUGGCCGAACAGGAAGCUAACAUGGAGUCUGCCGAAGCGUUGGACGUGAAUGCUUCCAUUCACGGCAACUGGACUAUCGAGAAUGCCAAGGCCAAAUUGAACCAUUGGUUACAACUGAACAAGUUAAGUCCGGAGUAUAAGUAUACUGCCGUCGGACCUGAUCACGCUAGAAGUUUCAUGGCCGAAAUGAGUAUCUUCGUGAAGCAGCUGCGCCGUUCUAUCACCGGUCGUGAGUCCGGUUCGAACAAACAGUCGGCCAGCAAAUCGUGCGCUUUGUCGCUAGUCCGUCAGUUGUUCCAUUUGGGUGUAAUCGAAGCCUACAGCGGCAAUAUAAAGUCAGCAAAGGCUCAAGAACAACUAAAACCAUUCCCGGUAUGCAUUUCACCGAAAUUGGAGCAACGCAUUGCGGAGUGCCUGCGAGAUGUGGAAAUCGAACCGGUGCAGAUGCCCAACAAUGCGGAUAGUAGUGAACCAGUCAGUUUGAUGCAUCCCUCAGAUGAGGUUCAUCACAAGCCACAGUCCAUCAAUUUGAAACAACAGGCAUCCGUUAUUCCGUGGUCUCCACCACAGCCGAACUGGAAUCCAUGGAUUGCUUGUAAUAUUGACGAGGGUUACUUGUCCACGGCAACACUAGAACAGCUGAGUAAUGAUUUGCUGACGGCUGCUCGGGAACGUAUACAGCAGGAUAAGGAACUGCAAGAGCGCAUGCAGGAACGUCAGCAGCUACCGAUCGCCAAGGUGCGCGGUCAAAUCAUGGAAGCGAUCAAUGAGAAUUCAGUAGUACUCAUUCGUGGUAAUACUGGGUGCGGUAAAACCACACAAAUUGCUCAGUUCAUUCUAGAGGACUACAUCAAUUCCGGCCAGGGUGCCUACUGUAACGUCUGCGUUACACAGCCUCGGCGAAUCAGUGCAAUCAGUGUUUCGGAACGAAUUGCCAACGAGCGAUGUGAAAAUCUGGGAGAAGCCGUCGGUUACUCGGUUCGUUUUGAGUCUGCUCUACCGAGACCGUACGGCUCUAUCAUGUUCUGUACCAUUGGUGUUUUGCUGAGGAAGUUAGAAGCUGGUCUUCGUGGCGUAUCUCACGUCAUUGUGGACGAAAUUCACGAACGCGAUGUGAACAGCGAUUUCAUUUUGGUCGUUCUACGUGACAUGCUGCAUACUUACCCCGAUCUGCGGGUAAUUCUCAUGUCUGCCACGAUUGACACGACAUUAUUUUCGGAAUAUUUUGGAAAUUGUCCCUGCAUCGAAGUGGAAGGUAGAGCUUACCCUGUGGAGCAAUUUUUCCUGGAAGAUUGUGUACAAAUGUUGAAUUUUGUUCCUCCUGCCGAUAGUAAGAAACGUAAGCGAGGUGGUAGGGAUGAUGAAGAGGAAGGUGGAGAAGAUGCCACGGUUAAGAUCACUGGCGAAGCGGAUAAUUCAAAUCUCAACACAGUCAUUGACGAACGUCGAUAUUCGAUCCAGACGAAAAAUGCGAUGGCACGGCUGUCGGAGUCGGAGGUGUCAUUUGAGUUGAUUGAAAGUUUGCUCUCCUAUAUCGAUGCGCAAAAUGUUCCGGGCGCUGUGUUGGUAUUCUUGCCCGGUUGGAAUUUGAUCUUCGCCUUGAUGAAAUACCUUCAGUCAAAGCCACAGUUCAGUGGCUCGAAGUGCAUCAUUCUACCGUUGCACUCGCAGCUCCCGAGAGAAGAUCAGCGAAAAGUGUUUGCCCACUACGGCAACGUUCGGAAAGUCAUCCUGGCGACCAACAUCGCCGAAACGUCGAUUACAAUCGACGAUAUUGUCUAUGUGAUUGAUAUUUGCAAAGCCAGAAUGAAAUUGUUCACAUCACAUAACAACAUGACAAGUUACGCUACUGUUUGGGCCGCCAGGACGAAUUUGGAGCAGAGAAAGGGUCGUGCGGGUCGUGUGCGACCGGGAAAAUGUUUCACCUUAUGUUCGCGUGCUCGGUUCGAGAAACUGGACGAACACAUGACUCCGGAGAUGUUCCGCACGCCACUGCAUGAGCUGGCACUGAGCAUUAAACUACUCCGGCUCGGAUCGAUAGGGCAGUUUUUGUCUAAAGCUAUCGAACCUCCGCCACUAGAUGCUGUCAUUGAAGCUGAAGUAAUGCUGAAGGAAAUGAAAUGUCUGAAUGAUGCUGAAGAGCUAACUCCAUUCGGGAGGAUUUUGGCACGUUUGCCGAUUGAACCGAAACUGGGUAAAAUGAUGAUUUUGAGUACCUUGUUCGGAGUUUGUGAUCCCAUUGCUACUCUUGCCGCUUACUCGGGAACGUUUUCCGAAAUUUUCCAACUAGAUAUGGGGCAACGCCGUUUGAUGACGCACCAAAAGGCUCUCAGCGGCAAAAGAAACUCGGACUACGUGGCAUUGCUAACAGGUUACAGGAUGUGGAACGAGAAACGUCGUCGAAGCGAAGAAGCGGAGAUCCAAUUUUGCGAAUGGAAGGGUCUGCAACUACCAACUCUUCGGGUUAUUUCGGAAGCUAAGCGGCAGCUGUUGGAGUUGCUUUCCCAGUCAGGUUUUCCCGAGGAAUCAAUGAUUGAGAUGGGUUUCAAUCCCGAUGACGUCGACCCACGAUUGGAUAUGGUUCUUUCGUUGCUCUGCGUCGGACUCUAUCCGAACGUAUGCGUCCACAAGGAGAAGCGUAAGGUGUUGACUACGGAAUCGAAGGCUGCACUCAUUCAUAAGACUUCGGUGAAUUGUUCAAACCUUCAGGUUACAUUUUCGCAUCCGUUCUUCGUGUUUGGAGAAAAAAUUCGUACAAGAACCGUUGCCUGCAAAGCCAUGUCCAUGAUUGCCCCAGUGCACUUGCUUCUGUUUGGUUGUAAGAAGGUAGAAUGGGUUGACAAUGUGGUUCGUGUUGACAAUUGGUUGAACUUUGAAAUGGAUCCUCGUCAGGCGGCUUUGAUUGUCACAUUGCGCCCUGUGUUACAAGAUCUACUUAUAAGAGUUUCCGAAAAUCCCGAAGAUGUGAAUCAGCUGGAAGACAAGUACCAGAAUUUGCUCGACGUUGUUAAGGAUUUGUGUGUGUUUGAUGCUGGAGAUUUUGAGAUCAAACGUGAAACAGGAUUAUCACCGUUGGAUCAGGCGCGCGCUAACUCAAAAUUCCCAAGGACGGAUAAUAGUGGCGGCAGCGGCAACGGCGGAGGUGGUGGUGGAGGUUUUGGCGGCAACCGCUUCGGAGGUGGAUCUCGAGGCGGCGGUUUUAACAACGGCGGUGGUUUCAACAACAGCGGUGGUGGUGGACGGGGUGGAUAUGGGGGAAAUAGUGGUGGAUAUGGCGGUAGAGGCUUCGGUGGCAAUCGCGGAGGACGACGUUGGUAAACUAUGUAAUCUCAACCAGUGACAUAAUUUUAUUAUCAUUAUCAAUACGAUAGCGGUAAACGCAUAAUUUAUUGUAACCAUAAUUAAUCUACAAUUGCUGUAUGUAGUACUUGACAGUAUGAAUUCCAAAAUAAAAUAUGUCUAAUUUGCUUGA